CGUAAUACUUUAACUAGUGUAACAAGAAACAAGAAGUGGUUCGGCUUUCUGUUGUUGCUACUGAAUUUUUUGAUUAUUUUUGCUUGAUUCGGUGUUACGGUGUGAUUUUUUUCUUCCAAAACUUACACAUGGAAUGUUCGUGAAGACGAUGACGAUUUUAAAUAUGAGCUAUCGCAAAAUUUUCCAACUAUAAAACUGAACUACUCCUUCAUUCAACAAAGCUUACUUACGCUUAAAGUAAGUACGUAUAGCUGGCCCAGUUUAUUUCAAAGUCUUUUGGAGAAAUUUUAUAAAUUCUGGAAAAACUGGAAAUCGCACUGGAGAUUCCAAAAUGGUCGAAAAUGCUGAAAUUCAGAUCUGCUGAGUUGAAAUUAGAUUGAAGACACGAUUUCAUAAAAAUCGGACAUCAUGUCCAUAUUGGCACUAGUGCAAAAUUUCAAGCCAAUUAUCAAACCUUCCACCGUAGUUGAAAAGCCCAUCGCCGACAAUACAAUUUUUAAACUUCAUUACAGAGCAACGACGUUAAUUUUUCUCGGUUGUUGCGUAUUUGUAACAGCGUAUUCUAUAUUUGGUGAACCAAUUCAAUGCAUUGGAGAAACCAAAGAUGAUGGAAGAACAAAAGUAGCAAAUACUUAUUGUUACUUGGGCUACACGUAUACUUUACCAUCAAAUCAACAUAGUGAUGAAAAACAAGCUGGAAUUGGACUGCAUACAGAAGGAGCAAAAAAGUAUCAUAAUUAUUAUCGAUGGAUACCAUUAAUGUUGUUUUUGCAAGGACUCUUAUUCUACGUACCUCAUUGGAUUUGGAAAAACUGGGAAGACAAGAGAAUUCAUUAUUUAACCAAAGACAUAAGAGGUCCUGUGGCAGAAGUAAAAUCCGAAGAUGUGAAAAAACUGAAGAAUUUAGCCCGAUACGCGGUCGAAUCUUUACAUAUGCACAAUACAUACGCACUGAUGUAUUACUUUUGCGAACUCCUCAACUUUAUCAAUGUUAUCGUCAAUAUGUACUUAAUCGAUUCAUUCCUGGAUGGCGAAUUCAUGAAAUAUGGCACCGAAGUACUGCAAUUCACCGAUCUGCCUCAAUAUAACAGAACAGACCCGAUGAUCAGGAUUUUCCCUCGAGUGACUAAAUGUGAUUUUCUCAAAGUUGGUCCCAGUGGAGGUCUUCAAAAUUACGACUAUCUUUGCGUACUUGCUUUGAACAACCUCAACGAGAAAAUUUACAUAUUUUUAUGGUUUUGGUUAAUCUUAUUAGGUUUUAUUUCGGCGCUACCUAUCGUAUACAGCGUGGCACUUUAUGUAUCACCUUUUGUUCGAGAAUAUGUAUUAAAAAGACAUUACAUUUCUAAAGAAAAGUACAAAGUGGGACUUUUGGUCGAUAACACACAGAUCGGAGACUUCUUCGUAUGGGACUUAUUGGGCAGAAAUAUGAGCUCAAAAUAUUAUCGAGAGUUUAUCAACGAGCUGCAUGCGAUGUUAAUCGACGGUGAUUCUUCUGAAAAACAAUCUCUCAGCGAAGAAUCAUGAAGAUACUAAAUUACUUACAUAUAAUAUUGUUAUAAAACUUUCGUUUAAGUUAUCUAAUUAAUAAGUCAAGUUUUAUAAACAACUUUUUUGCAUGAAUAUUUUGAAAAAAAGAAAUAUUUUUUCAGCGAAA